GCAGCAGUUGAGUUUUAUAUGUUAGAUCGUUCGGUCUUUUCGCGGACGGUUGCACUUUUUUCAAUUAAUAUUGAAGAAAAAAGUGCUUGUAAUUUGAAAUCAGUAAAAAACUGUAAAAUUUCUUCGAUUUAAUCAAAUAAUUGAUUGAAAUUUGAUUCAAUCGCUGAUGAAAGUUUAAAUUCUUUCUACACAAACAGAAAAAAAGUGUCAAAAGUUCACACUUUUUUUUUUUUUUUUGAGUUCCGACGAAAUGUAGGCCAAAAAGGAGCAACCAAAUACACAUACACAUACUUAAUGUAUACUAAAAUUAUGCUUUUUUUUUCUUAUUUUUCAUUCUUCCUUUUUUUGCGAUGGGUUGAGUUUUGGUUUCCUUGUAAAGUGAUGUAAUUUCUCUGUACACUCAUAUAUAGACAGAUACACCAUCGAGUUGAGUGUUGUCGUUGUCGUCGUCACUGUGCCGGGCUAAACCAUAGCUUCUAUCCAUCGUGUAGGAGUAAAAAAGAAUCCCUACACAUUGUCCCUGCUCCUUUUUAUCAUCAUCUUAUGAUUUUUACAUUCUUUUUUCGUCCUUUUUUGAUAAGGAUCUCAAUCUUAUCCCUUUUUUUUUUUAAAUUUUUUCUCUUUGUAUCUUUUUUACUUGUGUGGUAUUCUUUACCAAGUUAAAUUAACAAAAAAAAAAGAAUCGGAAAAAAAAACCGGUCAACUUGAUGAUGAAGGUAGUUCUUAACAUCGUUUGUUUUGAUUCUUUUUUCGUUUCUACUGACAUAGUUUCCAAUAAUAGUUUUGUUGUUCAUUCACAAUGAUCAAAGAACAAUAAAAAAAUAAAACAUGACUUGAGGAAGGAAAAAAAAAUCUGAAAAAAUUAUCUACGCAGUGAAACGUAUGUGACGUGAAAAAAAAAAUCCUUGUGUUUGCAAAAUCAAGGAUUUCAUCCUGAAAUCCUCUAAAUUCCCCAUCCUUUAUUUUUGUUGGUGGAGUAGAUUUUGUGCUUUGCAUUUGUCCAUGUGUGGGUGUUGUUAGUUGUUGGUUUUUUUUUUUUAUGUUGGUGGUGGCAGAGAGAAGGUGGCAGAGUGUGGCAGUGGCUGAAAAAGAAAAAUGAAAACAAAGUUUUCCUUCCCAUCAUCAUCAUCAUCAGCUUCUCCUUCUUCUACUUCAACUUUUCUUCUCUGUUGUGUAAUUUUGCACUCUUCCGUCUUUUCUGUGUAUAAUUUCUCUCGAGUGAAAAUUGUUGUUGGAAUAAAAAGAAAAGACGGAUACAAAUAAAUAAAAAAAAAAAAAAUAAAAUACAAAAUAAGGAUAAAAUCAUGAAUGUGUUGUUGUUGUUUUUGUUGUUAUUGUAGAAGAAAAAUAUUACAAAAAUAAAAAAGUGAAAAAGUGUACACAAAAUUUUGUGUGUAUAGAAAAAAGCAAAAAUAAAAAUAGAGAAAUGCGAAAAGAAAUUGGUUAACGGUUACACUAUUGCGUUUUUUGUUUGUUUGUUUAACCACCUCCUAUUUUUUUGUUGUUGUUAUUGGUGCAGAAUUAAAAAUCAAAUAGUUUGAGUGACACAAUACUGUUUACACUAUUGGAAGUGGGUGAAUUUUUUUGUUAGUUUUUUUUUUAUGAAAAAAAAAAAAAAUCAUCAAUACUCUACUCAUCCAAGUUUGAAGUUUGGAAAUUAAGGAUUUUUUUUUAAGCUUGAAUGAAAGGUAAACACAUUCAAAAGUUUCUGGUCUAUUUAACUGCCUACCUAUCUGAAAAAUAAUUGUGAUGAUUUUUCUGAAAAGUUGCACAGUAUAAGAUGCCUGGAUUGGUUGUAUUCAGACGGCGAUGGUCAGUGGGAUCAGAUGAUCUUAUUGUACCUGGAGCAUUUUUAUUAACAAUACAUGUUUUAUGCAUGAUUGCUUUAUGCACCUCAUUAAUCAUAUUUGUAUAUGAUACAGAAGUAUUAAGCAUAAAAUUUCUGUGGUACUAUCAACUAAGUUAUGUAGUUAUAUUAGGAUUAACAAUAUGCAUAGAACUAGCAAUUUGUAUUAUUUCAAUGAGAGGUAGCAUAUUGGAUUCAGAAGUCCGAACAUCGAUUAAUAUAUGGAUAUAUAUAAAAAGUUUUGUGAUAUUAUUUGAUAUUACGUGGUUAGUCUUAGGUGUUAUAUGGAUAAAACAAUACUACUUAAAUGCUCCAAUGGAUGCAGCUAAGAAGAUUUUUUUAGCUCUAGUUAUAUGCAAUUGGUCGUUAGUGUUAACAACUCUUAUUACAAUUUGGUGCACAUUUGACACUGCCGGCCGAUCGUGGGUCAAAAUGAAAAAAUACCAACGAUCAAUGAGGGAGACUGAGUCUAGAUUUAAUUACAAGCGAAGUAAUAGUAUGAAUCGUAAUUGGAGACAAAGAAAAGUAAUCCGAGCCUAUCAAGACAGUUGGGACCAUAGAUGUCGACUGCUAUUCUGUUGUAUGGGCUCAUCGGAACAAAAUAAAAAUUCAUUCACAGAUAUUGCUCGACUUUUGAGUGAUUUUUUUCGUGAAUUAGAUGUUGUUCCAUCAGAUGUGGUAGCUGGUUUGGUUUUGUUGAGAAAGUUUCAAAAACUUGAAAGGGAAGCAAUUGUGAGACAGAGAAAAAACGGAACAUACGAGUUUCUGAGUGGAGUACCAAUCACAGAGCACACACAGUUCCUAGCUUUAAACGAUACCAAAAACUAUGAUUUCUUUCAAACAGUCAUCCAUUACAUGUACUUCGCACAAGGUGCCUACGGUUGGCCCAUGUACUUCAUGAUACACCGGUCCGGAUUGUGGCAUCUCUUGCCUGAAAUGCGCUGCCUAGGUUGCUGUUGUGGCCACAGCGAUGAUGUUGAAAUAAUCCAAGACAACUGUUGGUAUUGCAACUAUGCCGCCCUAAAAAAGACUCUACAAGUAGGUGACAUCGAAAUCAUUUAUGUCACGUAUCAUGUCGAUGUUGGUGAGACACCAUUUUUCGUCGCUGUCGACUACACACAAAAGAAGGUCGUCAUCAGCAUACGUGGCACACUGAGCAUGAAAGAUAUUUUAACCGAUCUAAAUGCCGAGGGUGAGGUAUUGCCUUUAAAUCCACCUAGAGACGAUUGGCUGGGCCACAAGGGAAUGGUUCAGGCGGCCAUUUAUAUCAAAAAUAAGUUGGAAGAAGAAAAUCUCAUCCAAAAAGCCCUAACACACAAUCCUGCCAGGAAUACACAAACAUUUGGUUUAGUUUUAGUGGGCCAUUCGUUGGGUGCUGGGACAGCAUCCAUUCUUGCCAUACUCCUUAAACCGGAGUAUCCGACAUUGCAGUGCUUUAGUUAUUCCCCACCAGGUGGGCUUUUAAGUAUGCCUGCUGUAGAGUAUUCGAAAUCCUUUAUUACGUCUGUGGUGCUGGGGAAGGAUGUUGUUCCAAGGAUAGGUCUACAUCAGAUGGAGGCGCUUCGUGCCGAUUUGAUAAAUGCAAUACAAAGAAGCGUCGACCCUAAAUGGAAGACUAUAUCCUGUUCAAUGAUAUGUUGUUGCUGUGGACCGGAGCCAACGUCCGUUGUUGAGAUGUCUGGCAAGGAUACCCAUAUAAACCAGUAUCAAGAGGAACGUGGUACAGCAAGGACGACAAGUGCUCAUCCUACAGACAGUUCAAUAGCUUUAACACUACAUCAACCACUAUAUCCGCCCGGAAGGAUAAUACACAUUGUUCGACACCAUCCAAAGCCCGAUGAACAAAUUUACGAUAGUGGCUGGAGACACGUGCUUAAAAACAAAGAACCCGUCUAUCAGGCUAUCUGGGCCGACUCAACAGACUUUGAUGAAGUACUUAUCUCACCUGUAAUGUUGCAGGAUCAUAUGCCCGAUAAAGUUUUGGCGGCAUUAAAAAAGGUUGUAACUACAAGCGGUCCCAGAAAACCCCAAAGACAAACAUCGAAUGCCUUUCAAACAUUACCCAAUGAUGCAACAUUAGAACAUUUGCUCACCUCAAAUGGCCUACAUUCAACCACCAAUUACUGUUCAAACAAUCAACGGGCUCAGAGUCCCAUUUCAAAUAUAACCAACUCCGUAUCAACUCCCAACACUACACACAAACUCUGCCUCGAAACUUCAUUCACCAAUUUGCAGAGCCCCAUCGAUAUGCACCCAUCGCUGCCUCUAUCCUGCGGAGCAGGAUCUAGCAAAGCAUCCUCCAUAGCGGGUAGUCUGUUUGGUCGCAGUCAAAUGAGCUCUUCAAUGCAGCAAUACGACAUAUCAAGCAUGAUGGAUGAGAGUCAAGCGACAUGCGGCACAAAUGGCCGCAGUCCAUCUGUACCUAGCGAAGCUACAACUGUCAUAAUGACAGAUUGUCCACCCUUGGACUGUCCUAUUUUGCACAAACCGAAGGCGGUCGCCUUUGAUAUGGCCCUAAACUUUUCAGAUAUUACCAAAUCACCGUCCCCAAAAUUACCCGCCAAGAGUAUACUUCAUCGGCAGCAAUCAGCGCGAGCGGGUAAAAAGCCAACAAGUCUGCCUCUAGCCCCUCUUCGAAGGGCAUCAGACUGCCCCAAAGCUGUGGAUCUAAUCCAUGAUGACUGGUUCGGACUGGCUCCAUUGGCCAGUCCUGAAACACUGUCUGAGAUCUCAAGUAUUUCGUCCCGCACAAGUGCUGCCAUGAGUCUGGCCAACAGUAUCGAAAGGUAUCUGCAGAACAUGUCCAUAAGCGAAAAUGGCAACCAAGAACUGAUGGAGGAUAUUUACGAGUCUCAACUGCACACGCCUAAAAUUCUCCGACGAGCUCCGAAACUCACAGAGAACUUAUCAAGCUGUGCAGAUGAUUCCCGGUAUCAAGACCAAUACAAACGGAUGGGUCAAGUAUUUGUAACAUUCCCACGGGUGAUACCAAUGCGAAAUAAUAGCCGGGAGGAUUCUAGCGACGAAAGCUUUGAAUCUGCAUUUAGCCAUUCGAAAACCCUCCCGAAUAAGAAACGGAAAAACAGCUCCAAAUCUGCCGAUCAGAUCGAUGAUAACGGCUCAUCAGCGACCAAUAAAAAGCUUGGGAAGAAGCUUACUUUCAGUGAUAGUCAAAUACUCGAUCGAGAAUGUGUAAGUUCCUGUCCCGGCUGUCCAUGUCGCAGUGGCUCCACCUGUUGUCAACUAGAAGAUCACAGUGAAUGCCAAGUUUUAAUGGCGCCACAAUCGCAGAUCAAUAUUGGAUCACUGGACACCUAUUACAGUGCCAAUUCGUCCCUGGAUCGAUUUUCGACACCGCAAAACCUCAUCCGUCUGCAUCAGUCUCCACCUUCCACACAAAAUACUCCUCCGCCAUCAUCGAAUGGUCAUCAUGUUGCUGCUGCUGAUACAACGGCGGCGGUGGAUCAACGCCGUCCUGGUGUGUUAGAAUCACACUUUCCUGUUUACGAUCCACUUGUAGUCGAUACAACUUCGGAAGAUGUUUCACUUUUGUCACAAGAAUCAUCACCAAAUCCCCAUCAACCAUCAUCAACUACAACUAACAAUUUCAUUCAAGUACAAAAACGUUCAGGCCUAAUGCGCAAGCGUAAUUCCACCGAAGAACGAAUAUUUUCGCGUAACGAAUCACUACCGCUUUUGGCUAAUUUGUCAGAAAGGACGUCAUCAGCUUCGCCAUCGCCAAGUUUUGUCAAACGGAAAAGUUGUGUAUAUCCGGUGAAUAGUAGUAAAUUUAGUGGGAGUAGUAAUGGAUCGACGGGAAGUGUGAAAGCGUUUGUAUCGACGGCAGCGACGACAUCAAGUAAAAACGAAAGUAGUGUCUAAUAGAAUGAUUUAACGUUAAAUGGUGAAAACUUUAAAAAAUACACAAUAGAUUAGUUGAAAUAGUUUUUUGAUAAGAUUUUCUACUGAACCACAACAUUCAUUAUUAUUAUAGAGGAAAAAACAAUACCUAUUAAUAAGCAUAAAAAUGAACAUAACUGUGAAAAUGUUUCUUUUCGAUAUUUUUUUUUUAUUUGGUUUUCUAAUUUUCUAUAUAAUGUAUCUAUUUCUGUUAACUCCACUUUUCUCUAAUAUAAUGUAAUUAGAAACUAUGCAACUGGGGAGGCCUUCGGUUGUUGAACGAAAGGCUGGAAGCUUUUUUUAUAGUCGUUUUAUUUUAAGUACAUAGAUCAAAUAAAAAGGGUUCAAUCUCAUUUUGACAGUUGGAAAAUUCGUUAAAAAAAAAAAAAAAUACAGAAACUUUGCAAAUCUGCUGAUUCAGCAAAA